UAUUACACAGAGCUUUGCCACACUUUGACUCUCUAAGCUGCGAUUGCCGGGUCACCAGCUUUUGCAUCUCCGUUUUAAUACAGCUGAGGAGCUUUCUACUGCCAAAGAGAGCAAGAGCCAGAGCCUGAGAUAGACAGAAGUGUCCAACACCUCGAUUUAUUGAUUGGAUCAAUAACUAUCACAACACAAAAUGAACACUUUCAAUCCCACCUGUCUGCUACUAUGCCUGGCUAAUCUGACAUUUGCAUGGUACAUAGGCUACAACGAUGUUCCACCUUCCAUAGUGGAACAGCCUGAAUCGAUUAAUGGAGACCAACGUGUACCAUUAACCCUAACAUGCAGAGCUACCGGAACACCAGAACCUACGUAUUACUGGGAGAAGGAUGGUGCUUUAUUUAACGUGGACAGCAAUGAUCGCGUUAGCCUGGAUGGGGGGAACCUAGUGAUCAAAUCAUUAACAACAGCAGACGAUGGACAGUACCAAUGUUUUGCUAAGAACAGGCUUGGUACAGCAAUGUCCCAGAAGAUAUUGACAUCAUUGGCUUUCAUGGAUCAGUUUGAGAACACUGAACCUGCAUGGAUACAAGUGAGGAGGGGAAGACCCCUGAAGCUGCUUUGUGGUGGAUCCCCCGGCAUCCCUAACGGCAAUCCUGCUCCCUUGAUCUACUGGACCAAUGCAGCUGCCAAACCCACACCCAUCACAUACAAUGCACGGAUUGCCCAGGAUCCAGAAGGGAACUUGGUCUUUUCUCACGCAAUUGCAAGCGACGCUCAAGGCUACUACUGUCAAGCCAUCAAUAACAUUGUAGGGUCAUCCCAGAGGACACCAAUAAUCAGGCUCAGUGUUACAGAUUUACCAGCAGUUAAACGUAGAGCCAGCUUAAUCACUAAACCAGCAGCAAGCGAAAUCGCCAUCAGAACUCAGUCAUUAAAGUUGAAUUGCAUUGCUUAUGGAUACCCAACCCCUGUAAUCACAUGGAAGCGAGGAGAAGAGCAGCUACAGUCUGGAGGACGAGUAUCUAUCCACGAGCACGAGCUGGUCAUCUCCGCUGUCGAGAACAGUGACGAGGGAACGUAUACAUGUGUUGCAUCAAACUCAGGAGGAGAUGAUGAAUUCAGCACAGUAGUUACUGUGGAAUCUGCGCCAUAUUUCCCAUACCCACCCUCCGAUGAAUCCAAGAGACCUGGUGAAUCAGUAGACAUUGAAUGCCGUUCUGAGGGUGUUCCAGCACCCACUGUCGAUUGGUUUGUUAACGGACAACCUUGGGCUGAUUUUGAAUCCAACAGAGAUACAGAAAGAUGGGAAGUGGUGACUGGAGACCCCCAGUUAGCAACCAUUUCUAUCACAAACCUACAAACAACGGACAGCAAUGUGUUCCAGUGUAUAGCUACCAACAUGUACAAAGAGGAACUCACCAGUGUUGUACUCAAUGUAUUUUAUUUGCCAAGUGCAUCCCGCUUAGACAGUCACCCAGCAGCAAGUGAAGUAGCCAUUAGAACUCAGUCAUUUAAGCUGAAAUGCAUUGCAUUUGGAUACCCAACCCCUGUAAUCACAUGGAAGCGAGGAGAAGAGCAGCUACAGUCUGGAGGACGAGUAUCUAUCCAAGAAUUUGGGCAGGAGCUGGUCAUCUUCGCUUUCGAGAUCAGUGACGAGGGAACGUAUACAUGUGUUGCAUCAAACACAGGAGGAGAUGAUGAAUUCAGCACAGUAGUUACUGUGGAAUACGAUGUUCCACCUUCCAUAGUGGAACAGCCUGAAUCGAUUAAUGGAGACGAACGUAUACCAUUAACUCUAACAUGCAGAGCUACCGGAACACCAGAACCAACGUAUUACUGGGAGAAGGAUGGUGCUUUAUUUAACGUGGACAGCAAUGAUCGCGUUAGCCUGGAUGGGGGGAACCUAGUGAUCGAAUCAUUAACAACAGCGGACGAUGGACAGUACCAAUGUUUUGCUAAGAACAGGCUUGGUACAGCAAUGUCCCAGAAGAUAUUGACAUCAUUGGCUUUCAUGGAUCAGUUUGAGAACAUUGAACCUGCAAGGAUACAAGUGAGCCAGGGACAACCCCUGAAGCUGCGUUGUGGUGGAUCCCCAGGCGUCCCUAACGGCACUCCUGCUCCCUUGAUUUACUGGACCGAUGCAACUCCCAAACCCACACCCAUCACAUACAACGCGCGGAUUAACCAGGAUCCACAAGGGAACUUGGUCUUUUCAAACGUAAUUGCAAGCGACGCUAAAGGCUACUACUGUCAAGCCAUCAAUAACGUUGUAGGGUCGUCCCAGAGGUCACCAAAAGUCACGCUGAGAGUUAGAGAUAGGCCAGCAGUUGAAAGUGGAGCCAGCUUAGUCACUAAACCAGCAGCAACCAAAAUUGCCAUCAGAACUCAGUUAUUAAAGCUGAAAUGCAUUGCUUAUGGAUACCCAACCCCUGUAAUUACAUGGAAGCGAGGAGAGGAGCAGCUACAGUCUGGAGGACGAGUUUCUAUCGAAGAAUCCGGGCAGGAGCUGGUCAUCUCCGCUGUCGAGAACAGUGACAAGGGAACGUAUACAUGUGUUGCAUCAAACACAGGAGGAGAUGAUGAAUUUAGCACAGUAGUUACUGUGGAAUCUGCGCCAUAUUUCCCAUCCCCACCCUCCGAUGAAUCCAAGAGACCUGGUGAAUCAGUAGACAUUGAAUGCCGUUCUGAGGGUGUUCCAGCACCCACUGUCGAUUGGUUUGUUAACGGACAACCUUGGGCUGAUUUUGAAUCCAACAGAGAUACAGAACGAUGGAGAGUGGUGACUGGAGACCCCCAGUUAGCAUCCAUUUCUAUCACAAACCUACAAACAACGGACAGCAGUGUGUUCCAGUGUAUAGCUACCAACAUGUACAAAGAGGAACUCACCAGUGUUGUACUCAAUGUAAUUUCAAUCCCUGCUAGUAUACCUAGUUUCACGCCUUUGACAAGGAAACUGAGUGUUGUACAGAAUGACUCUGCCAAGUUCACCUGCCAUGAUGAAGGAAUACCUACUCCAACCAUAACAUGGACCUUCAAGGGAUCAGUGUUGACCAACAGAGACAAAUACACCAUCAAUGAAACUGAGGGAAGCCUAAUGAUCAACAAUGUCAAGAAAGUGGAUAGCGGAGAAUAUGAAUGCACAGCAGAAAACUCAAUCGAUGGACAAGAUCAUGAGGCAACGGGUAGUGCAACCCUGAUAGUGCUAGGUACUCUUCUAGAUGAUUUUCCACCUUCCAUAGUGGAACAGCCUGAAUCGGUUACUGGAGACCAACGUAUCCCAUUAACUCUACCAUGCAGAGCUAUUGGAACACCAGAACCUACGUACUACUGGGAGAAGGAUGGUAGUUUAUUUGACGUGGACAGCAAUGAUCGCACUAGGCUAGAUGGGGGAAACCUAGUGAUCGAAUCAUUAACAACAGCAGACGAUGGACAGUACCAAUGUUUUGCUAACAACAGGCUUGGAACAGCAAUGUCCCAGAAGAUUAGGACAUCAUUGGCAUUCAUGGAACAGUUUGUUAACACUGCACCUGCAAUGGUACAAAUGAGCCAGGGACAACCCCUGAAGCUCCGUUGUGGUGGAUCCCCCGGCGUCCCUAAUGGCAAUCCUGCUCCCUUGAUCUACUGGACCGAUGCAGCUCCCAAACCCACACCCAUUGGAUAUGACGCACGGAUUAACCAGGAUCUAGAAGGGAACCUGGUCUUUUCAAACGUAAUUGCAAGCGACGCUAAAGGCUACUACUGUCUAGCCAUCAAUAACGUAGGGUCGUUCCAGAGGUCACCAAAAAUCACGCUGAGUGUUACAGAUUUGCCAGCAGUUGCAAGUGCAGCCCACUUAGACAGUCAUCCAGCAGCAAGCGAAGUUGCCAAUAGAACUCAGUCAUUUAAGCUGAAAUGCAUUGCUUUUGGAUACCCAACCCCUGUAAUCACAUGGAAGAGAGGAGAGGAGCAGCUACAGUCUGGAGGACGAGUAUCUAUUGAAGAAUCCGGGCAGGCGCUGGUCAUCUCCGCUGUCGAGAACAGUGACGAGGGAACAUAUACAUGUGUUGCAUCAAACACGGGAGGGGAUGAUGAAUUCAGCACAGUAGUUACUGUGGAAUCUGCGCCAUAUUUCCCAGCCCCACCCUUUGAUGAAACCAAGGGACCUGGUGAAUCAUUUGACAUUGAAUGCCGUUCUGAGGGUGUUCCACCGCCCACUGUUGAAUGGCUUGUUAACGGACAACCUUGGGCUGAUUUUGAAUCCAACAUAGAUACAGAAAGAUGGACUGUGGUGACUGGAGACCCUCAGUUAGCAACCAUAGCUAUCACAAACCUACAGACAACAGACAGCAAUGUGUUCCAGUGUAUAGCUACCAACAAGUACAAAGAGGAACUCACCAGUGUUGUACUCAAUGUAGUCUAUUUCCCUGCUAGGAUAACUAGUUACACGCCUCUGACGAGAAGACUAAGUGUUGUAGAGGAUGACUCUGCCAAGUUCAUCUGCCAUUUUAAAGGAAGACCUACUCCAACCAUAACAUGGACCUUCAAGGGAUCAGUGUUGACCAAUGGGAUCAAAUACACCCUCAAUGAAACUGAGGGAAGCGUAGUGAUCAACAAUGUCAAGAAAGUGGAUAGCGGCGAAUAUGAAUGCAGAGCAGAAAACGCUAUUGAUGGAGAAGAUUAUGAGGCAACAGGUAGUGCUACCCUGACAGUGCUAGGCAAGACGACAAUUUACCUUUCUCCUGCUAAUUUGAUGAUUCGAGAGGGCAAUACAGCCACUUUCCAGUGUGAAAUAAUGUAUGACGAGGAGCUGAUUGAACCCUAUGUCUACUGGAUGAAAGAUGGUCAGAGACUCGAGGCUAAUCAGGGCAACUCCCUGAGAAUAGCGAAUGCCCAUUUUACUCAUUCAGGAACCUAUACAUGUGUUUUGGAAGCAACCAUUGAUGAGAGUGCAGCCACAGUUCAUUCAGUGAAUGCCUCUGCUCAACUCAUUGUAAAAGGUCGGCCUGAAUCUCCUCAGAUUCUGAUGCUUCGAGCCAAGCAACAGGAGUUUGCAAUGGACCUUUUCUGGGAGCCUGGCAAUGAUAACAAUGCUCCUAUCCAAUAUUACAUCGUCCAGUACGACACCAAGUGGGCAGAUAUGCACUGGCAAUUCCAAGCAAAUGAGACAUCAGGUGGCCUUGCAAUCUAUCGCAAAGUGCUUUACCUGCAGCCGUUCGUGGACUAUCGGUUCCGUGUCAUUGCUGUGAACGAGAUUGGGGAGUCUGAACCAAGUGCGGAGGUAGCCCCAACAUUCAAUCCUCAAGUUGCCCCACCCUCUGUAAACCCAAGCGGAGUCAGCGGAAGUAGCACUAGACCCGAAUCGAUGGUCAUAAGAUGGCAGGCAAUUCACCCCUUCUACUACGGUGGGGAUGAUUUCCACUACGAGGUUGCAUACAGACCCAGGAUUUCAAGUGAACCAUUCACAAAGGAUACAGUAUACCCAGAAAACACUGAUGAUAAUCCUACUGGAAUCAUCCAGAAUUACAUCGUAGAUGCUAGCAAACUUUGCGAGGAGUUUGAGUUCUCUGUACGAUCAGUGAAUAGUGGGGGACCAGGACCUGAACCAGAGAUUCAUUAUGGGUUCCCUGGAGAAGCUUGUCGGCCUGAAUCUCCUCAGAUUCUGAUGCUUCGAGCCAAGCAACAGGAGUUUGCAAUGGACCUUUUCUGGGAGCCUGGCAAUGACAACAAUGCUCCUAUCCAAUAUUACAUCAUCCAGUACGACACCAAGUGGGCAGAUAUGCACUGGCAAUUCCAAGCUAACGAGACAGCCAGUGGCCUUGCAAUCUAUCGCAAAGUGCUUUACCUGCAGCCGUUCGUGGACUAUCGGUUCCGUGUCAUUGCUGUCAACGAGAUAGGGGAGUCUGAACCAAGUGCGGAGGUAGCACCAACGGACGAUCCUCAAGUUGCCCCACCCUCUAAAAACCCGAGCGGAGUCAGCGGAAGUAGCACUAGACCCGAAUCGAUGGUCAUAAGAUGGCAGGCAAUUCACCCCUUCUACUACGGUGGGGAUGAUUUCCACUACGAGGUUGCAUACAGACCAAGGCUUUCAAGUGAACCAUUCACAAAGGCUACAGUAGACCCAGAAAACACUGAUGAUAAUCCUACUGGAAUCAUCCAGAAUUACAUCGUAGAUGCCAGGAAACCUUGCGAGGAGUUUGAGUUCUCUGUACGAUCAAUGAAUAGUGGGGGACCAGGACCCGAACCAGAGAUUCAUUAUGGGUUCUCUGGAGAAGCUUCUCACCCUGAUCCUCCUCAGUAUUUGCAGCUUCGUGCCAAGCAACAAGAGUUUGCAAUAGACCUUUUCUGGGAGCCUGGCAAUGACAACAAUGCUCCUAUCCAAUAUUACAUCAUCCAGUACGACACCAAGUGGGCAGAUCUGCACUGGCAAUUCCAAGCAAACGAGACAGCCAGUGAUGUUUCAACCUACCGCAAAGUGCUUCACCUGCAGCCGUUCGUGGACUAUCGGUUCCGUGUCAUUGCUGUGAACGAGUUUGGGGAGUCUGAACCAAGUGCGGAGGUAGCACCAACGGUCGAUCCUGAAGUUGCCCCACCCUCUAUAAACCCGAGCGGAGUCAAUGGAAAUAGCACCCCCGAAUCAAUGGUCAUAAGAUGGCAGGCAAUUCACCCCUUCUACUACGGUGGGGAUGAUUUCCACUACGAGGUUGCAUACAGACCAAGGCUUUCAAGUGAACCAUUCAUAAAGGAUACAGUAUACCCAGAAAACACUGAUGAUAAUCCUACUGGAAUCAUCCAGAAUUACAUCGUAGAUGCCAGGAAACCUUACGAGGAGUUUGAGUUCUCUGUACGAUCAAUGAAUAGUGGGGGACCAGGACCCGAACCAGAGAUUCAUUAUGGGUUCUCUGGAGAAGGUCCUCACCCUGAUCCUCCUCAGAAUCUGCAGCUUCGUGCCAAGGAACAGCAGUUUGCAAUGGACCUCUUCUGGGAGCCUGGCAAUGACAACAAUGCUCCUAUCCAAUAUUACAUCAUCCAGUACGACACCAAGUGGGCAGAUAUGCACUGGCAAUUCCAAGCAAACGAGACAGCCAGUGAUGUUCCAACCUAUCGCAAAGUGCUUUACCUGCAGCCGUUCGUGGACUAUCGGUUCCGUGUCAUUGCUGUGAACGAGUUUGGGGAGUCUGAACCAAGUGCGGAGGUAGCACCAACGGUCGAUCCUGAAGUUGCCCCACCCUCUAUAAACCCGAGCGGAGUCAACGGAAGUAGCACUAGACCCGAAUCAAUGGUCAUAAGAUGGCAGGCAAUUCACCCCUUCUACUACAGUGGUGAUGGUUUCCACUACGAGGUUGCAUACAGACCCAGGCUUUCAAGUGAACCAUUCACAAAGGCUACAGUAUACCCAGAAAACACUGAUGAUAAUCCUACUGGAAUCAUCCAGAAUUACAUCGUAGAUGCUAGUAAACCUUGCGAGGAAUUUGAGUUCUCUGUACGAUCAAUGAAUAGUGGGGGACCAGGACCCGAACCAGAGAUUCAUUAUGGGUUCUCUGGAGAAGCUUCUCACCCUGGUCCUCCUCAGAAUGUGCAGCUUCGUGCCAAGGAACAGGAGUUUGCAAUGGACCUUUUCUGGGAGGCUGGCAAUGACAACGAUGCUCCUAUCCAAUAUUACAUCAUCCAGUACAACACCAAAUGGACAGAUAUGCACUGGCAAUUCCAAGCAAAUGAGACAUCCGGUGGCUUUGCAAUCUAUCGCAAAGUGCUUUACCUGCAGCCGUUCGUUGAAUAUCAGUUCCGUGUCAUUGCUGUGAACGAGAUUGGGGAGUCUAAACCGAGUGCGGAGGUAGCUCCAACGGUCGAUCCUCAAGUUGCCCCACCCUCUAUAAACCCGAGCGGAGUCAACGGAAGUAGCACCCCCGAAUCGACAAUCAUAAGAUGGCAGGCAAUUCACCCCUUCUACUACGGUGGGGAUGAUUUCCACUACGAAGUUGCGUACAGACCCAGGCUUUCAAGUGAACCAUUCACAAAGGCUACAGUAGACCCAGAAAACACUGAUGAUAAUCCUACUGGAAUCAUCCAGAAUUACAUCGUAGAUGCUAGUAAACCUUGCGAGGAGUUUGAGUUCUCUGUACGAUCAAUGAAUAGUGGGGGACCAGGACCCGAACCAGAGGUUCAUUAUGGGUUCCCUGGAGUAGCCUGUUUGGCCUAUCCAUCACUUCCCAGACCAGGCCAUCAACCAAGCCUCUAGGGAGCUUGUCCAACAACAUUCUGGUGCCUUCCAACAAGAACGCGCAUCCUAUCCUACAAUUGGUAACAAUACUUGUAGACUUCGAGCUAUAUACUAAUCUUUGUACAAGGCAUAUAUUACCAUUGUGAUGAAAAUGUUAAGGCUAUACAACAGUUUGAUAUCAAUAUAUUAAACUUUUGAUUUCUUUGAAAAUUUUGUUUAGAUUGAUUGAUUGAGUGUGUACUAUUAGUCCUUUAAUCUUGCCUUCUCAAUUACAAGCCAUGAUCAAGUGCCAAUUAUGUUAUGCUGCUAAUUUUCAGUAGUCUUUUCUUUCUGCUGUUAUGGUGUAGAUUGAUUGAAUAAAAUAUUGAUCAUAUUAUACAUCAAUACCAUUAUGUAUGAUGUUUAUUCUUUUAUAUGUCAUCCAGUUUGAUAUCAAUAUAUUACCGGUAUGUAUCUGUCUUAAUCCUUUCCUUUGCAGAAAGAAGAUGUGUCAAACUUCUUUCGAUUUAAAUUUAUGCUUAAAUUUGUAAUCAGGACGAGGUGAAUUGGAUUGUUCUUAUUAGGAGUAAUACCUCAAAUUUUUAAUUAUCACUGGAUUUAGCAAGAUUUUGAUAUUUUGUGUCCAAUUGUACCUUGUAUGCGUUGCUUGUGUAUCAUAUUGUAAGAAGAAGGUUUACAAUGGAU